UUUAUUAAUAGUCUAUGAUCUAUGAACCAAUCUAGUGUGUUGCAACGUUUUUGAAAAGAAAUGACUCAUCUCGUUCUUUGUUAGCUUAUGUUUCCUAUGAUUAUUGACACUUCCACGUGGCAGGUUAGUCUACUGUGUCAUUACAUACAUGGCUACAAAGUGUGCUUGUUCAUCAUGUCGUUCAUUCGUUGUUUACCUCGGGCGAAGUUCGUGCAGGCUCCACUCCACUUCACUACCAUUAACUUUACACUACGCUCCACCUACACGAACUUCGGGACGGCGAACUCGAUCGGAUAUUCCGAGUGACAAAGAGAUAACUUUAGCUGAAUGAGACAAGUUCUAUCACCCUCAGGCUCUCGUGGUGAGCCUUGGCAUGACUACAGGGAGAAGGAUAUAGCAAGAUAAGGAUCAUGGCUGAGGAAGGGAUCCAAGAAUCCUUGAGGGAUGAGGUAGAUGAUCUUCAAGUUCACAUAGAGACUUUGGCCAUACCUGACCAACCAUUAGAGGUUGAACAGUCUGCACCAGAAGACUCCGCUAGACCACACAAGGGCUCGAACAUCCAGGGAAAUGAAAGCACAUCUGAAACAACAGAAUGUGUGAAUGAUGCACCUUCAGAACUUGACACGGUGGAGGAAAGCAUUCCAGGAGAACAGGCAGAGGACAUUCCAGGACAUCAUGCAGAGGACACUCUGCAAGGUUCAGAUACUGUCCAAGCAACAGAUUGUGAAGAAACCCCGUCUUAUAGUCAUGUUCAAAAUGAAACUGAAGGUGAAGACUCUGUGGUUGUGGCUGACCAGAGCGUCACUCUUGAUGAUAGAACACCUGUGGACAGUGAGCAAAGAGAACACUGGACUCUUCUCUCCCUUCCCAGGGAGCUACUCCUGAAGAUCUUUGACUUCCUUGAUGCUAGACUUGUCAUUAGAGAGGUUGGAUUGGUGUGUAAGAUGCUUCAUGAGAUUGUCUCUGAUAACCUGGAAUGGAAGGUGCGAUUCAAGAAGCGCUGGAGAGGCAACUAUCCUGUUGUUCCAGUUGAAGACGAUGAUUUCAACUGGAAGCUUGCAUGCAUUGACAGAGAAGAAACCCAUCAGCGUUGGGCCAAACAAGAAACUAACAUGGAACAUUUCUCACUCAAUAUGGCCCAUAUAGCUGCUAUUGACUGUGUACAUCUAAUGAAUAAUGGAGAGUUGUGUGCCACAGGAUCUCGAGAUCGAACAUUUCAGAUGUGGGACUUGAGGAAGUUGGAUUCCAACAACCCGGAGAGGUCUGUCAAAGAUUCCAGGACUAAAGAAGUCAAAGCUCACAAGGGCUGGGUUUGGGACAUCACAUCGUUGGAUAAUCUAUUAUGCACGGCAUCCUGGGAUUGCUGGUUGAAAUUAUGGGAUAUCAACGAUGACUUGAAGUGUGUUCAUAAAUUCAAGGGGAAAUCAGCAUUCUUGAGCGUGGUAUACGAACAUGAUCUGAUCAUCGCAGGAGCCUAUGACAAAAGCAUUUAUCUUUUUGAUCCAAGAGUGAAUGAGAAUGGCCUUGUUGACCAGUUGAUACAUCACAAACAUCCAGUCCUUACUGUCCAAGCUGAUGACCAUUACAUCAUAUCUGGCAGUGAAGACAAGUCCAUUGCCAUCUUUGACCGCCGAGCACACUGUGUUUACAAGAAACUCAAUCUGGAGAGCUUUUGCAUGUGCAUGUCUUAUCAACACGGCCAACUCUGGACCGGUCACCGCGAUGGCAACGUCCGCGUCAUCGACCCCACCCACGGCAGCUUCGACAUCAUCCAGACGUACGACGUCGGCCACAAGGGCAAGAUCACGGACAUCAUGUACACCAUGGGGGCGCUCUACACUUGCUCGACGGAUUCCACCAUAAGGAUCAGCGACCCUAGCCAUAACCCUGAGACCAUGUGUAAAUUGACGACGCACACGCGUGAUUUGACUGCCAUUGAUUUACAGUGUGGAGUGUUGGCGAGUGCUGGUAGCGAUCUUACAACGGGUAUAUGGAGGCCGAAGCAGGAUUCCGUCGUGGAAGAGUUUGAAUCAUAUUGAGAGUUCGCAGACUGAAUUUAUUUAUUUUUUGCACAAACUCAGCAUCAAUAUCGUCUUGCAGACUCCCUUUAGUAUAAUACAGUGACGUACCUAUUGCCAAGUCUAAUUGACCCCUGUAGGGUAAUCUACAGAGAAGUGUCUUUAUCUUCUAUCUUAUGGAUACAUCAUUGGACUGCAGUUCAUGGUUAAAGUCUUAACUGCUGCACUACUGUCCUUUUCUAAGGUAUUUAUAAACUUUUGCCACUUUUCACCCAUGUGAUAAAUGGUUAUCUGUGGAAAGGAAUUCAGAAGCAAGGUUUUUCUCAUCGAUUACCACCAUUGAAUAGUGUUUAAUUGAGCAACAUCCCCGGAUAGUGCAGUAAAUUUACCUAAAAAGCUCAUCUUUGUUCUCUUUGUUCUAGUAAUGGAGCGUGAAGUACAAUCCGACUUUUUUUUAUUCACAAUAUUUUUUUUUCACAAUGUUAUCGCCAGUUAUGCCAGAUUGCUUUGAAUGUUUUUGUUAAACUUCAAAUACGAGUCUAUUGUUUUGGAACUUAAUACAAAUUUGAUGUACAUGGAAUAUUUUGAAUUCUGUAAUAUAAUUAGAAAUAGUGAAAAGUAACAUUCCUAUUUGAAAUCUCUGAAUGAUUUAUUUUAGGAUUUCUUUGAAUUCCAAUGUAUGUGAAUGGUCAAGCUGGUAUUAACCUAUCACAUACAUAAUUUGCACAAAACUGAACCAAAGACUUGAUUCAUUGGUCUGUGUUCUGAAAUCCAGUUUUACUUUGACCAUGAUGGACUAAAUCUUCUAAAUUAU